GCUGAUCUCGAAAGCUGAAAACUAUUCCAGCUCCAAUCUCGAGAAGACGUCGGGGCGUAGAUCUACGAUUUGUCUUUCUCUCCCUCUCUCUGUCCCACUCACGCCGUGAUCCUUCAUUGUAACCACUGAAAAUGGGCACACGGUGGAGUGUUGAAGUGUUCCUUACUCUUCUCUCCAUUGGUGGCAUCGUCACUGUGUGGUCGGAGGGCGACACCAAUGUUACGACCUGUUCGACGCUGGAAGAUUGCAGUGCCGCCGGAGAGUGCGUCGAUGGCAAGUGCAAAUGCGACCCCGGCUGGACGGGCGAGAGCUGUGGUCGGCUGGAUUUGUCGCCGCAGGCCAAUCGUGCGAGCGGAGCAGCGUGGAACUCGCACAACAGCUCAAACUCGAGCUGGUGCAUCACCGCUCCGCGCACGGACAAGGAUGAACUCGGCUAUUCGUCCUUCACCAAGUCGGGGACGAAUGUCACCUUCCACAUAUUCGUGUCGCAAAUGGUGCCAGGCUGUGGACUGGGCACAUGGCUGCCCGGAUCGAGAAUCGUCCAUGCAACGUCAAACAAGGGAGUCGAAGGACCGUAUGAAUGGGAAAACCAGGUGUUCUCAUCUUUUCACCACAAUCCACACCUGACACGAGCAUCGGAUGGAACUUGGCUACUCUACUUCAAUGGUCGCCACUGGCCAGAGGACGACUUCAACCUGCAUACGUGCCACCAGAACUCAACCUGCCCGUCGACGAGCGGCUUCUGGGAAGGUGACUACUGGCAUGGCGGCGGCGACUGCAAGUCCGACGGUGAUUGCAAGUUCACGGCAAACACGGGCGUUCUCUCGCCGUCGGAGCAUCUGCGUGGAGUGUCCCGCGGCUCGAGCUGUGUGAAGGGCCACUGUCAGUGUGAGCACCAUUACUUUGGCAGUCACUGCGAACACCUGACGGAGACGGUGAACUUGGCGUACGCCGACAGUUUGGACGGACCCUGGACCAAGCUGCUGGAGGACGGCGCGGCGUUCUUCGACGAUGGCAUCGAGUCACUGCAUCUCUCUAACCCGGUCGCCUGGCCGCUGGCCAACGGCACGGUGAUAAUGGCGUACUCGCGUGCGCCGAAUUUGGGCAUUGCGGUGGCACCUCACUGGAAGGGUCCGUACACACGUCUCUAUCUGACCACUGCAACAGGAGAAAAGAAUUAUUCACUGAUCAAUCCUGACGGAAUGUUUAACAACACGCUGGAAAAGGGUGGAGAGGAUCCAUUCCUGUACCAGGACGCCAGGGGUACGUGGCAUGUGCUCUUUCACGGCUACGGUGGUGACAAGAGGUGGACGGACGGACAGGCGGCUCACUCCAGCGACCUGCUUCACUGGACGUGGCAGCCGGAACCGGCCUACUCCUCCACCAUACAAUUCCAGGAUGGGACGGCCGAGACGCUAAGCAGACGAGAGCGGCCCGCAGUGGCCGUGGACAAAAGCGGUGCACCGCUGUACCUACUCAACGGUGUGGAGCCAGCAUACCCUGGCAACUCACACACAUAUUCGUAUAUACACGCAACGAGUGCGAGUCGACAAUAGAUCAACAUUGGCACUAUCAGUAACCCAAAAUUUUCAUGUCCUAAGCAGUAUGGUGAAAUGUACGGGGCAUGAAGUACAUGAUAUUUUGCUUCUUAUUUAUACAUUUGUCUCGGCUAAACAGAAGCACAGAUCCGGUACGUGUGUGUGUGUGGGGGGGGGGAGCUGCACGGGUGAGUGUGUGGUCCAUCUUUCUGAGAGUGUCAGUUGAUACCCUUUCAUCCUGGUAACUAUAGUGUUUGCUGUGACGGUGCCUCUGCUUCCCUGCUAUUUCUUGCUGGCGUUUGCACCAUGAUGGUUUGUGGCUAUCUUGUAAAAAAGAAAGAAAAAAAGUGCUUGCA